AUGUACAGAGAUGAAUCCCAGUUAAUCCAAAUUAUUGUGGAAGCGGCAUUGAGCAAAUUGAAUCGCACACAUCUAGAUGAAGCCAAGAACCCAGUUGGAUUAGAAGCUCGUGUUAAGGACUUGGAUCUGUUGAGGAAUGUUGGAUCAGAUGAUGAUGCCCAAGUGAUAGGAAUAUAUGGAAUUGGUGGUGUAGAAAACUUAAAGGUUGGGACUACUGAUAGAGGUAUCAACAUUAUGAAGGAAAGGCUUGGUAACAAGAGAAUACUUCUAGUUCUUGAUGAUGUGGAUCACUUCGAGCAGUUGGACAAAUUGGCUCGAACACCUGAUUGGUUUGGCUCAGGAAGUAGAAUUAUCGUUACGACUAGAAAUAAGCACUUCCUAACCUUUUACGGAGCCCAUAAGACAUAUGAGGUUGAGGGACCUGACUGUCAUGAUGCGCUUGAGCUCCUUAGCUUGAAUGCUUUUAAAGAGAACAAACCUAUAGAAGAUUAUUACGAGCUCUCAGAACGUAUUGUGCGUUAUACUGAUGGCCUUCCGUUAGCACUUGUAGUGUUGGGUUCCUAUCUAUGUAGGAGGAGCAAACCUGCAUGGGAGAGUGCAGUUGACAAUUUGGAAAGCAAACCCAACAAGCAGGUUUAUGAAGCACUUAAAAUAAGUUUUGAUGCUUUAGAAGAUAAUGUGAAAACUAUUUUCCUUGAUAUUGCAUGUUUCUUAGUUGGAGACGACAAAGAUCAUGUCAUCAAAGUUCUUGGGAGUAGUUUUAAGUUCUCGCCAAUCGACGGAUUCGAGGUUCUUCUUGAUAUGUCUCUCAUAACCAUAGAGUCGGAUAAGGUGAGAAUGCAUCAGUUACUCCAAGAAGUGGGUUGGGAAAUUGUCCGCCAAGAAUCCCUUGAAGUAGGGAAACGAAGUAGAUUGUGGUUUCCUGAGGAUGUUUUCUACGUACUUUUAGAGAACCUGGGAACGAAUGCAAUUGAAGGCAUUAAGUUGGACUUGCCCGAACCAAAAACUCUAUGCUUGAGUGCUAAAGCAUUCGAGAACAUGAAGAGGCUUCGGUUGCUUAUAUUUCGUAAUGUGGUUAUUUCAACAGCCGUUGAGUAUCUUCCUACUGAGUUAAAGUACAUUGAUUGGUCUGGAUACCAAUUUCCAACAUUGCCAUUCAAUCUGGGUCCAAAACAACUUGUCAUACUCAACAUGCCUCAUAGCCAUAUCCAUCAGUUAGGUGAAGGAUUCAAGAAUUUUGAGAACUUGAAAUUUGUCAACUUAAGUUUCUCCAAAUUUUUUACCAAAAUCCCUGACAUGUCAACGGUCCCAAAACUUGAGAGUUUAUGUCUUGAAUAUUCAACAUUGACUUAG